AACCUCACAAAUUUAAUAGAAUUAUCAAAAGUUCUUGCUAAAGUUUUUUAAAAAUAUUAUGUACAAAUAUGAUUACAAAGAAAACCACAAAUAUGAUUACAAAAAACACAAAUAUGAAUAUUUCAUUUCUAACGAAAAAAAUAUAAACAAAAAAUAUACCUGGAGGACGAGUCAAAAUGUAGUUUUAUCUUUAAAAUUGUUACAAUGUACAGUUUCCCAAUUUCACGCAAGAGGCCCCGGUAAGUCGACUGAGAAGAAAGCAAAGAAAACAAAAAUAUCUAAAGAUGGGGAAAGCGAAGCGAUACUGGCUUCUGAAAACAGAGCCAAGCGAGUGGUCAUGGUCAGACCAAGACGCGAACGGCGGCAUCAGCAAAUGGGACGGGGUCAAGAACAAACAAGCCCAGAAGAAUCUCAAGUCCAUGGCUUCAGGCGACCUCUGUUUCUUCUACCAUUCCGGUACGAAAUCGAGAUGCGUUGUGGGUGUGGUGGAGGUGGUUCGUGAAUGGUACGCAGAUGAUGAUGACGGAGAAGGAGUGGUUGACGUCAAAGCUGUUGGAGAGAUGAGGAGAUUUGUCGAUUUGAAGGAGAUGAAAGGAGACAAAGGGAUUAAGGAUUUUGUUUUGUUUAGACAGCCGCGGUUGUCUGUUGUUCCAGUGGAAGAUGAUGUUUGGAAAAAAAUUUGUGAACUGGGAGAUGGGUUUUGUGGAGAUGGUAAGGAAGAUCGUGAAAGUAGCGAUGAGUCUUAAAUUGGUAGUCUGUUUUUUUUUUGGUAUAAUUACGGAUGGUGUUAUUGUUAUGAUGCAUGAUUAAGACUCUAGUGACGCCAUUGAUGUUCUUCUUUUGUUAACUUAACUAUGAUUUAUGAUUAUUGAUUGCGUUGUGGUGUGACUC